AUGGAUGGCUGUUCGCGAGCAUUCCGGUGGUACGCUGCAGACGCUGCAGUUCGCAACUCGAAGGUGAAAGUGCUGCCGCGUCUACGACGUCUGACUCUAGACUUCCCCCGUCUUGAAUCUGCAUUUGAGGUUGCGGAUCUCGUCAAUCUCGUGACCACCUUCCCCGGCCUGGCCGAGCUAAGGCUCUGCCCCGUCGUGCGUUUCCGUUCAGAGUAA